AGACCAAAUCAAUUUCUGCCAUUAAGGGAUUUUAAAUCUAAGAGCAGAGAUUAGACAGAGAUCUAAAUGACACAGUUUACUUUGAUGUAAAGUAGUACAAUAAGAGCAGUAAAAAUCUAGCUCUGAGGUUUCAAAAUAGAAAGUACAUUCAUUUGGAAAAAGGCUUCAUGGAGAGGGUAGCAUUUGAAAUCGGCCUGAAUAAUGGAUAGAACAUUUCUGGACAGCAUUUAAGGGUUGGGAUUAAGGAAAAAGCGUUGUCCUGAAAAUUGACCUACAGAAUAGUGGUGCCAUUAAUGAAGGCCAAGGAGAAUUGAUUUUAGGGUCAAGAUGAUGACUGCAGCUUAGAUAGAUUAUUUUGGUUUCAGACACAGUUGGAAGUAUGAGAAUGAUUGGAAUUUCAGAUGGAAAUUAUAUUGGAAACAGAACCUUGAAGGAUGUCCUUGUUUAUAGGCUUAGAAGAUCAAGAGAGGUCAAUUAAUACGGCUAAAAGGAACAGACAGAUAAGAAACUGAAGAGUUUCAAAAAUGAAACUUUUAUUGGCAAUGUACAGGGCUGUUGUAGAAGAUGAAGCCAAAGAACAGGCAUUGAGUUUAGCAAUUUAGUAGACCAUUGAUAAGUUACAGUAGUCCUCCCUUACGAGGGGAGGGAGUACAUUCCUAGACCCUCAGUGGAUGCAUGAAACUGCAGAUAGUACCAAGUCCUAUAUAUACUAUGUCUUUUUGAUCUGAUAACCCAGUCAGCUACCAAGUGACUAAUGGAUUGGGUAGUAUACAGUGUGGAUAUGCUGGACCAAGGGAUGAUUCUCCUCCCAAGCAGGCAAUACGAGAUUGCAUCACACUACUCAGAAUGACAUGCAAUUUAAAACAUGCAUCAUUUAUUUCUAUAAUUUCCCAUUUAAUAUUUUUGGACCAUAGUUGAUGGUAACUGAAACUACAGAAAGUAAAACCACAGAUAAAGGGGGGACCAACUGUAUCUAAUUUCAUGCAGCAGUGGUGGUGGAAGAAGCUACUCUGAUAGGAAUGUUUGUGUUCCCUCCAAAAUUUAUGUCGAAGCUGAAUCCCCAGUGCAGCAGUAUUAAGAGAUAAGGCCUUUAGGAGGUGAUGAGGUCAUGAGGGUUCUGCAUUCAUGAACAGCUUAGUGCCAUUUAAAGGGGCUUGAGAGACCAACUUUGCCUCUUUUCCCUUCUGCCAUGUGAGGACACAGUGCUCAUCCCCUCCAGAGCAGGGGUUCCCAACUCCUGGUCCGUGGCCCAUUAGGAACCGGGCCACAUAGAAGGCUGUGAGCAGCUAGCAAGGUUUCAUUUGUAUUUACAGCUGUUCCCCAUCACUUGCAUUGCUGCCUGAGCUCUGCCUCCUGUUGGAUCAAGAGUGGCAUUAGAUUCUCAUAGGAGCAUGAAUCCUAUUGUGAACUGUGCAUGUGAGGGAUCUAGGUUUUGUGUCCUUGUGACAAUCUAAUGCCUGAUGAUCUGUCACUGUCUCCCAUUAUCCCCAGAUGGCACCAUCUAGAUGCAGCGGAACAAGCUCAGAGCUCCCACUAAUUCUGCAUUGUGGCUUCCUUGCUGUCCAAGUUGUGGUAUACUCCAGUGCAGCUGCCUGGCUUCCAAGAGAAACUUAGCACUUCUUGUUCUGUUUGUAGCCUCAAAUCAACAUGUAACCAAAAGCUGUGAAUGAAUAAUCCAAACUUGAAGGACCCCAGAUUUUAUUCGGGAGGAGUAACUGGAAGCCAUAACCGUGAACUUCCAUAUCUGUCAUAGGAAAGAGGUUGGCCUCAGCAGCAAUGAGGGAUAAUUCUUUCAAGAAAGGAAUGAAGAGAGAAGUUAGAUGGAAAAGAGAUUUUUAAGGUCAAAAGAAGCAGCUGAAGAAACAUGUGUAGGACAGCCUUAGGAGUUACUACACUUCAAGACCUGGGUGUCUGCUGGAGGAAGGAACAUGACCCUGCGGAGAUAUUAAGGGUUGGGAGAGCUGAGCUUGGAGGCUGGAAGCCCAGCUGGGAGGCUAUUGUUAAAGAGGUUGCUGCAGCAACUGGUCACACAGUAGUGUUGGUAGACCAGACAGAGGACAUCCUGGCAAAAUCCAAAAAGGGAAUUGAGGAAAGCCUUAGGAAAGUGGCAAAGAAGAAGUUUGCAGAAAACCCUAAGGCUGGCGAUGAAUUUGUGGAGAAGACCCUGAGCAGCAUAACGACCAGCACGGAUGCAGCCUCCGUUGUCCACAGCGCAGACUUGGUGGUGGAAGCCAUCGUGGAGAAUCUGAAGGUGAAAAACGAGCUCUUCAAAAGGCUGGACAAGUUUGCUGCUGAACAUACAAUCUUUGCCAGCAACACUUCCUCCUUGCAGAUUACAAGCAUAGCCAAUGCCACCACCAGACAAGACCGAUUCGCUGGCCUCCAUUUCUUCAACCCAGUGCCCGUCAUGAAACUUGUGGAGGUCAUUAAAACACCAAUGACCAGCCAGAAGACAUUUGAAUCUUUGGUAGACUUUAGCAAAGCCCUAGGAAAGCAUCCUGUUUCUUGCAAGGACACUCCUGGGUUUAUUGUGAACCGCCUCCUGGUUCCAUACCUCAUGGAAGCAAUCAGGCUGUAUGAACGAGGUGAUGCAUCCAAAGAGGACAUUGACACUGCUAUGAAAUUAGGAGCCGGUUACCCCAUGGGCCCAUUUGAGCUUCUAGAUUAUGUCGGACUGGAUACUACGAAGUUCAUCGUGGAUGGGUGGCAUGAAAUGGAUGCAGAGAACCCAUUACAUCAGCCCAGCCCAUGCUUGAAUAAGCUGGUAGCAGAGAACAAGUUCGGCAAGAAGACUGGAGAAGGAUUUUACAAAUACAAGUGAUGUGCAGCUUCUCCGGCUCUGAGAAGAACCCCUGAGAGCGCUUUCCAGCCAGUGCCCCGAGUGCCUGUGGGAAUGCUCUUUGGUCAGACAUUCCCUCACACAGCACAGUCUAAUAAAUGUGCAUUUUGAUUGUAAUCUAUUAAAGUGAUUAUUACACCAGUUACAGCAGUAAUAGAUUCUCCAUUAAGAACUAAUUCCCUUUUUUAGUCUGUUCAUUUCUGUGUAUUUUCUAAACAGCUUUACACCCUUGGUGCCUUGGAGCAAACAUGUUUUUUGAACCUUGUCAUUUUUAUGAAGAAUUGCCUGGAUUCGUUCUCUCAUCAAGGGGAAAGUACUUCCUCCGAGAGUGCGAGCGCACCAUGCUCACUGUUGCUGCGUGGGAGAGUCACAAGCCACUGGCAAGCACGUGGUAUAGUCUGUGAAGCACUGCAGCGAGCAGCACCUGGAUCUUGCCUUUGUAAGAACAUUUUACUAUCUGCAGCUUUGAGUCUUGCCCUACAUUUUGGGCAUGACAUAAGAUGUGUCUUUAUUCAGCUCGUCAUGAAGAUGCUGCUGCUGAAUGGGUCGGCAUAUCUGUAUGUGCAUGGUUUGCAGGAGGUCAGUUUUCAUGGUCAUCCAGUUCCACAGAUCUGAAUGAUUACUGUCUGUCUGUGUCUUUUUUCCAUGAGAAAUCACUUGCAAAUUGCCUAUAAAUUGACUCUACUAAAAUAACAAUGUUUCAGUCUGAAAAUUUGAAUUGAAAAAAAUGUAUAAUAUAAAAUUGUAAUAUACUUAAAUGAUUAUAAAAGUAAAAAGUUGGUAAUUUAGGCAGAA